ACAUUUGAGGUGCAAAUUGAAGAGGUGCGCCAAGUGGGGUCCUACAAGAAAGGCACCAUGAUGACUGGGCACAACGUGGCCGAUCUGGUGGUGAUCCUGAAAAUCUUGCCCACACUUGAAGCUGUCGCUGCCUUGGGAAACAAAGUUGUGGAGAGCCUACGAGCACAAGACCCUGCUGAAGUCCUGACGAUGCUCACCAACGAGACCGGCUUUGAAAUCAGCUCCGCCGAUGCGACAGUGAAGAUCCUUAUCACAACCGUGCCACCCAACCUCCGCAAGCUGGAUCCGGAGCUACACUUGGAUAUCAAAGUGUUGCAAAGCGCCCUGGCGGCCAUCCGGCACGCCCGUUGGUUUGAGGAAAACGCCUCUCAGUCCACGGUGAAAGUCCUGAUCCGUCUGCUGAAGGACCUUAGGAUGCGGUUCCCAGGCUUUGAACCUCUCACACCCUGGAUCCUUGACCUGCUGGGACACUACGCUGUGAUGAACAACCCAACUCGGCAGCCCCUGGCUCUCAACGUUGCAUACAGGCGUUGCCUACAGAUCCUGGCCGCGGGGCUCUUCCUGCCUGGCUCUGUUGGCAUCACGGACCCCUGCGAGAGUGGGAACUUCCGAGUCCACACGGUCAUGACCCUGGAACAGCAGGACAUGGUUUGCUACACAGCUCAGACCCUGGUCCGCAUUCUCUCUCACGGGGGCUACAGGAAGAUCCUUGGGCAGGAAGGAGACGCCAGCUACCUGGCCACCGAAAUGUCCACCUGGGAUGGGGUGAUCGUGACCCCCUCUGAGAAGGCCUAUGAGAAACCACCAGAGAAGAAGGAGGGCGAGGAAGAGGAGGAGAAUCAGGAAGAAACCGCGGCUGGGGAGGAAGAAGAGAGCAUGGAGACCCAGGAGUGACUUUCCAGUUCGGGUUCUUCUCGCCUAUCACGGACGGCCGAACCAGUUUGAAGCCGGAAUGCAGGACCAAGCCAGUGUCCUUCCCACGUCUUGUUUUAAUUGUGUUGUUUUUAUAUCUCUUUGCCAUUAAAAAAAAAAGUUUCCCCCUCCUUUUAA